UGCAACUCUUACAACUGUAGCAAACUGGUGCUGAGUUUGAGGCCUGCUGUUUCAAGAUGAGCAAGACCGAAGGGGGGAAGAAAAGAAGGAGAAGCAGAAGGAGGAGGAGAAGGAGAAGGAUAGGAGGAGAAGAAGAGGGAGAACCUCAGCCGCUGUAGACAUCACCGCAUCAGUCAUGGCACUAUGACGAGAAGUUGGGAAUGGCAGCGAGGAGACCGGUUCCAAUCCAAGUUCCACCGUGCGGGGCAGGUGAAUCUGAUGCAACCGGUAGCUUUUGGAGCCUUCACCACAGCAGUGGCUGUGCGUUGAGGACCUAGUUUUGGAAACUGAGGGUGUGCCCUCCAAGAAGGAGUCGUCAUGAGGCGCAAUGGGGCUUUGGGGCUGUCUGCCCCGGUGGCAUUUACGGUUUAUGUUGUUUUGUUGCUUAUGUUCUUCUUCUUUGGCGUUAGCCUCGCGAUCUACUGUGAUGACGAGGACUGUUAUGAAGUUCUAAAAGUCAAACAGACUGCAACCCCGGCAGAGAUCAAGAAAGCGUACUACAAGUUGUCACUGCAAUACCACCCGGACAAAAACAAGGACCCGGAUGCGCAAAAGAUAUUUGCAAAGAUCGCGACGGCAUAUGAAAUUCUGUGGAAUGAGAAGACCCGUGCGGACUACGACUAUUUCUUGGCUCAUCCAGAUGAAGUGUUCUAUAACACCAUGCAGUAUUACCGGCGAUACGUCGGACAUCAGGCAGACGUGCGCGCGGUGGCGAUCGGCUUCCUGCUGGUGUUGUCAGCGGUGCAGUACGCGGCAGCAUGGGGGCACUACAGGAGUGUAAUUGAGGCGGCAAAGCAAACGCCAGCGUAUCGAAACAAGCUGAAGGCAUUGGAAUGGGAGAGAAGAGGUGGUUUGGUGUCCAGAAAGAAGGGGGGCAAGGGGGGUCGGAGCAAAGGUGUAACCAGCGAGGAAAUGGAGAACCUAGAAGCAGAGGUGGAAGUGGAAGUCCAUGGUGCGGAGAAGCCUACCAUCUGGGGUUUGGUAGGCAUGCGGGUAUUGCUUCUGCCGUAUGUGAUAGGCAGGCUUCUUCUUUGGGAAACUCGUUGGAUCAUGCAGUACGGAAUAAAGAAAUAUCCCUACUCAUGGAACGAUGCCGCCUACCUUACGCGCAGAUCUCUGGGUUAUUCGGAAGACAUUUGGUGGGCUAUUGGCCAAUCCAGAAGGGAACGCCUCAUGGACCAUCAGAUCUGGAUCCCGGCCAAUCGCAUUGCAUUCGAGAAUGCGCAGCGAGAAUCACGGAGGCGGCACUAAAAGCUUCUUUUUUUUGUGUGCAAACUGCGCCAGCCAGGAGAGGUAAAACGAGCACCUUGUGCAACGAUUUUACAGAAUAGGGCAUACACAUCAUCCCCAAAUCGCGGCGCAUUUGAGGAGUGGGAGAUGGUAAGGACCUUUGGAAUGCACAAGGGGAGGCGGAAGCACUAGAGGUUUACAUUAUGCAAACGGCUUCAGCCAGGAAAGGUGACACCUUGUGCCAGGAUUGUGGACUGUAGGACGUGCACCACCGCCAAUCAGAUUGCGCGGGGGGGCAGGGGGGGAGAGGACAUUGUGGACCACCGUUGGAUCUGGAUUCAUGAUCUGCUUUGCUGCGGAUCACAUCACGUUUGAGUGCAUGGAAAGGGAAUCCUGAAGAUGACACACAUGUGGACCAUGGAUGGCCCUGUUGCUUGAGACAAAAGGACAAGUAGACAAUGCAGGCGAUUGGCAAGCCAUCCUGUCAUCCAUCGAACGUCUUGACUGUUAAGAACUGUGGUGAAGGUUUGAUGUGCAUGACGAAAGACCUUGAUGCUGUAGCUUGAUAAAUGGAUGCACUCCCAUUUGACACCCAAGAGAAGUGGAUGCAAUGGCACUUCACUUGCUUGUCAAAUUGAUGCGCGAAUGGAUGCCUGAACUGAUGCCGCCAUUCGCUGACCUCUGAGAGGGAGGCAUUCCUGAAGCCCAGGGCCCCAUUAUUCUUGUCCUAAUUUUUCCUUACUGCAGUCUUACAGUUGAUUAUUCAUCUCUUCUCUUCUCAUGUAACACUGACUUCCGGAAUGCUCGCAAAUGGACUUUUGUGACGGAAUUUGGCUGUAACCACAGGCAAAUACAUCGAGGAAAUAGCCAGUGUGAGCAUGCCCUCAGUCGCGGUGAUGAUGUGGUCUGGGGCACGGCAUACGUUGAAAUUGGAACGGUACAGAGUAAGAUCGGCAUGGUCCCUGCACAAGGCUGACAGAUACAAGUCUCUCUCGACUCUUGUGUUAAUAUUACUCGCACAAGUUGCUGCGAGGUGUUGCUGCGUGGUGAAGCUUUACUCAUGGCUGCUGGAAGGUGCAGGGGUUUUUGCGGGUAUGCGGAAAUGGGGAUGGUGGCUGUUGGAGGGGAAUGUGCAGGGGGGUUUGCGGGUAUAUGUGGAAAUGGGGAGGUUACGUAUUUUGACUGAAGGGCUGUUUUCUUCAUUUCUUGUUUCUGUUUUGGGUGCUGACAAGGACAGCAGGGGAGGAUGAAGUCUGGGAUGAGGUAGGAUAUGUGGAAAUGGGGAGGUUACUUAUUUUGACUGACAAGGACAGUAGGUGAGGAUGACGUCUAAAAUUGGAGGAGAUGAGGUAGGAGUGUGAGUCUGGACGAGGGUAAGGAAUGUUUAUCAGUUUGUUAUGCAAGAAUGCAACAUGUGCUAUAGAGUGUGGCUGUUGUGGACAGUUGCCUAUGAACUGAAAGCCAUUCGCUUAAUGCUACAUGUUU